AUGGUGGACCGCGUAGAAUGCUCGGGCGUCUUCAUCGACGACCGAGUGCGGUCGGAACGAUGGGUGCGCAGGAAUUCUAUAGACGAAUCCACAGUCUCGUCAGCGGGCUCAUUCGUCACACCUGAGGAGCCGGAAGCCCUGCAGGCGGACGUAGAGCAGCUUCUGGAGGUGUGCAGACAAGUCUACCUCUGCCACAAUGGAUCCUCUUUCGCCACGAAGCUGGCCGAACUCAGCGAUCGCGCAGGCAGCGACUGUAAUCCAAUCUUCGCUUUCUUUGAUGUAGAUUUCAGCAGCGAAGAAUCGAACCUGGCGCGCCGAAAAGCCAGUCGUGCUUCUUGGACUGACAAUGCCCCUCCCUCGCCAGGCUCCAUUCAUCGGACUUUCACCUUCUCAACCCAGUCUGACGAGGCACGUGGUCUCUCGUUACUGUCAGGCGUUUCAAAUGAUAUACAGGUUCAAGAAGGCCCCAACCUGGUCAUCCCAAUCGCCAUCCUGCGCCUCCCUGUUUCAGACGCAUCCGCCGAGAAUUCCGGCGCCGCUCCUACCAGUUCACCACGAUCCCAAGGACCCCUUACCGUGGAACAUAAGCAGAUUGCGCGGUGUCUGGAUGCCGGCGCUAUAGAUGUCUUGACCACCCCACUCGAUCGAUCGCGGAUUCAAGGACUCGUGGUCCAUGCCUAUCGCACUCGCAAGGCAGCGCAGAGAGAGAUGUCCCGUUUUCUGGCUCGCAGGAAACAGCGCAAGCUUUCGUGGGUGGGAGUUCAUGACGAACAGCCGUAUUCUUAUUUGAGGGAAGCCAUGGUAUCCAAACUUAUGAAAGGAAUAUGCAACCCAGAGGAGGUUAUACACGAGUUCCAGGAAGUUGAAAUCAGUGUUGAUCCUGCACGUGAGCCCUAUAUCAAAGAACAAGUUGGCAGCUGGAAAUUUUCAGCGCAUGAGUUUACCGAGGACGAACUAGUGUUUGGUGCUUGCGAAAUCAUCCAACAUGCUCUCACUAUGCCCGGGUUAGACAAUUGGCGGUUAACGCCUGACGAACUGCAGACAUUCCUCCUCGCGUGUCGCUCCGCAUACAACUCCUUUGUCCUUUACCACAACUUCCGCCACGCAAUCGAUGUGCUGCAGUCUGUGUUUUGCUUUUUGCUGCACAUUGGCGCUUUACCUCCUUACCCAUUGGCCGGCCAGGCCGAAGUCCCCGAAUCCCCCGUCGCAUCUAUCCUCUCGCCCUUCGACGCUCUCACUCUCCUCAUUUCAGCCAUUGGUCAUGACGUUGGCCACCCAGGUGUCAACAAUUUCUUCCUGGUCAAGCUGAAUGCUCCCUUGGCCCAACUUUAUAACGACAAUUCCGUGCUCGAAGCGUUCCACUGCGCCGCUUUCUCCCAGAUCCUUCGUCGGCACUGGCCCUCCGCAUUCAAAGAUAAGCAGCUGCGCAAACUUCUCAUCAGCUCGAUCCUGGCGACAGAUAUGGGUGUGCACCAGAAAUUCAUGCAACGGAUGGGCUCCUUCCAAGAGAAAUUCUACGAAAAUGGCAAAUCCGUGGAAGGCUGGAAGCCCCAAGACGUUGAUAUGUACAAAACUUUGGUCUGUGGUUUGUUGAUUAAAUGUGCCGACAUCAGCAAUGUGGCACGGCCCUGGAAGGUUGCAGAGAAGUGGACAUUGAUAUUGCAAGAGGAGUUUGCCAACCAGGGUGAAAUGGAAAGAGAAGUAGGGAUGGAGACUGCCCUGUUUGGUGGACCCCCGGAGCUUGGAAACAUCUACAAACUCGCCACUGGCCAGAUUGGAUUCAUGUCAAUAUUCGCCCUGCCUCUCUUCGAGGGGAUCUCCGAUCUCUUGCCCCAAUUGCAGUUCACCGCCGAUCAUAUUCGACGCAAUCAGGCUCAGUGGCAGGAACUUUCCAACGAACAGUUGAAGAACCAAGGUCUGCCAGUUGAGAAGCGGGCAGAAAUCACAGUCUCGCCUAGAUCCUACAGCCCUGCAUCCCGAUCUACCAACACCGAGAAAUUGCUCUUUGAAUCGGGCGAUGGUAAUGGUUCGGGUGCCCAACUCACAUCGCCUGGGUCAUCAACAGACGUGGGCUCGGAUAGUGCCCCGUACAACGAAAACACCAUCCAACCGGUUGUGUCACCAGACACUGACGGUCCACAAAUCGAGAUUACUGGAACUCCCCUUGCCCCAGCCAACGAAAUACCCUCUCGCAAGUCAUCGAGUGCCAUGCCAGAUUUCUCUUACUUCUCUAUUCCAGGCGCCGCGAGGUCCGCCCGUGGGUCAGUCGGAACACAAAUUCAUACCCCUGUUCCCGAACCAGCCACUGCCAACGAUGACCCGGCUACCCUGGCGACCGCUUUAUAUAACUCUGCUGCUGCGAACGCAGGUACUCCUUUGGCAACGGUGGGGCGUGACCACGCACCCGAGGCCGAUAGACCGAGCAGCUCCCGCCAAGCUCUUUCUCACGGGUCUCAGCGUCACCACGCCCACCACAGCUCCUCUGCCCGCACUGGAUCGAACCGCAACAGCUGCACUCGGACACAGAGUACAUACAGUAAUAACAUGACGCCUAUUUCUCCGGCGACUAAUGCCACAAGCUUUUUGGCAGUGGACAGUAGCGACGAGAAGCGAAUCUCUGGAGAAAGUGCGGCGCACAGUGACCUUGGGGGACCGGACGACAUUAGCACACGACCUAGCACAGCGGAUGCGUACCCGUCGGGCGUAUCCGAACCUGCAGGUCGCUACAGCCCAGACCGCCAUUAUGGCCACCGUCAUGGUACAUCUCGGUCUGAAGACGGCGCCAGUAAAGACUUUUCAAGAAUGGUGCCCAAUGGGACCAGAAGCUCAGCCCAGUCAACUACUACUGGUGAGAGCGGCAGGAAUGAAAGUCUGCAAACCGACGACUCUCAUGGCGAACGCCGCAAGCUUCCUAAGAAGCGGAGCCGUCUUCGUUUGGCUUUCUGGAGGCGUCGCAAUCAUUCACAUGAUGUUCGCGGCGAGACAUGA